AUGUCCCAGAAUGGCUCUGAAGCCAGCUGCUGCGAAACUGAUGGGCUGUCAGUGCGCCACGGCUGGACCGUGGUGGCCGGAGCGCAGCCCUCGGGUACCCCGCAGACUAGAGCUCCCUGGGUGGCUCCUGCUCUGUCUGCGGUGCUCGUGGUCACCACGGCCGUGGACGUGGUGGGCAACCUCCUGGUAGUGCUGUCGGUGCUCAGGAACCGCAAGCUCCGGAAUGCAGGCAAUUUGUUCUUGGUGAGCCUGGCGUUGGCUGAUCUGGCGGUGGCCUUGUACCCCUACCCACUGAUCCUUGUGGCUAUCGUGUAUGAUGGCUGGGCACUGGGGGAGGUACACUGCAAGGCCAGUGCCUUUGUGAUGGGCUUGAGUGUCAUUGGCUCUGUCUUCAACAUCACGGCCAUCGCCAUCAACCGCUAUUGCUACAUCUGCCACAGUGUGACUUAUCACCGGAUCUGCAGGCGCUGGCACGCCCCCGUCUACAUCAGCUUAGUCUGGCUCCUCACUCUGGUGGCUUUAGUGCCGAACUUCUUCCUGGGGUCUCUGGAGUACGACCCACGCAUCUAUUCCUGCACCUUCAUCCAGACAGCCAGUGCCCAGUACACAGUGGCUGUGGUGGUGGUUCACUUCCUCCUCCCUAUCUCUGUGGUGACUUUUUGUUACCUACGCAUCUGGGUGCUGGUCCUUCAGGCCCGCAGGAAGGCCAAGUCCGAAAGCAAGCUGCGCCUGAGGGCCAGUGACAUCCGCAGCUUUCUAAGCAUGUUUGCUGUGUUUGUGAUCUUUGCAGUCUGCUGGGCCCCUCUCAACUGCAUCGGCCUUGCUGUGGCCAUCAAUCCGGAAGAGAUGGCUCCGCAGGUACCCGAGGGACUCUUUGUCACCAGCUACUUCCUGGCUUAUUUCAAUAGCUGCCUUAAUGCCAUUGUCUACGGGCUCCUAAACCAGAACUUCCGCAGGGAGUAUAAGAGGAUCCUCUCUGCCCUCUGUGCCCCUCGGCACUGCACCCAGGAUGCGUCCAAAAGCAGCCCUGCAGAGGGGCUCCAGAGCCAGGCACCUGCAGCUGCCAGUGCUCACCACCCACUGCAGGAGGAUGCCCUCUAA